AUGAACACGUCACCGGUUGGACCUCAUUCCCGUAAAAAAGUCUCUUAUUAUUAUGAUUUUGAUGUUGGUAAUUACUAUUAUGGCCAAGGGCAUCCUAUGAAACCACAUCGUAUACGUAUGACACAUAAUUUAAUUCUUAAUUAUGGUUUAUAUCGAAAAAUGGAAGUUUAUCGUCCACAUAAAGCUAAUACGGAAGAAAUGACACGUUUUCAUAGUGAUGAAUAUGUUAAAUUUUUGAAUAAUAUUCGACCGGAUAAUAUUACUGAUUUUAAUAAACAAAUGCAAAGAUUUAACGUUGGUGAAGAUUGUCCUGUAUUCGAAGGAUUAUUUGAAUUUUGUCAGAUAUCAGCCGGCGGUUCAUUAGCUGGUGCUGUUAAAUUAAAUCGAAAAUCAACUGAUAUUGCUAUUAAUUGGACUGGUGGUUUACAUCACGCUAAAAAAUCUGAAGCAUCAGGAUUUUGCUAUGUGAAUGAUAUUGUAUUAGCUAUAUUGGAACUACUCAAAUAUCAUCAACGUGUAUUGUACGUUGAUAUUGACAUUCAUCAUGGUGACGGGGUAGAAGAAGCCUUUUAUACAACUGAUCGUGUUAUGACUGUAUCAUUUCAUAAAUUCGGUGAAUAUUUUCCAGGAACAGGAGAUUUAAGGGAUAUUGGCGCUGGACGUGGCAAAUAUUAUGCGGUUAAUUUUCCAUUACGUGAUGGAAUUGAUGAUGAUUCAUACGAAACAAUUUUUAGACCGGUGAUAACGAAAGUAAUAGAAGUUUACCAACCAGGAGCGAUUGUUUUACAAUGCGGCGCUGAUUCAUUAACAGGCGAUCGGUUGGGUUGUUUUAAUUUAACACUGAAAGGCCAUGGUAAAUGUGUGGAAUUUAUUAAAAGUUUUAAUUUACCAUUGUUAAUGCUCGGUGGUGGUGGUUAUACGAUACGUAAUGUAGCGCGUGCGUGGACCCAUGAAACAGCUAUAGCUUUAAAUCAAGAAAUACCCAAUGCUAUACCGGACGAUGCUAUGGAUGUUGACCGUGUUGUCGAGGACAGUAAAGAUGGAGACCCCGAUAAGCGUAUUUCACAAGUACAACAUGACAGACAUAUACAGGAUGAUCGUGAAUUAUCGGAUUCCGAAGAUGAAGAUGGUGAUAAUCGUCGAAAUCAAAUGAACUAUAAAGAAUCGACGGCAAGAAGAAAAACAACUUCGGAAACAACAAAUGGUUCAAUCAAUGGUGAUUCGACAAUUGCUACAACUGCAGUUGUAGUAGCACCGAUAACGGAAGUAACGACAAAUUCACUUGUGAUUACAGCUGAUAGUACUAAUGCAUCAGUCACUACGACAACAACUGAAAAAAUUCUUACAAUAUCACCUGAGACAGCAACGAUUACAACAACUAUACAAGAAGUAUCUAAAACGACAACAGUCAUGACAGAAGAUGCCGAUCAAAUUCCCGCUGCCAUUUCACCAGUAUCACGAGAUGAAAUGGAGACGUCGUCGUCGGAAAAUCCUACGAAGCAAGUAGAAGAACGAACGUCUUCUGAACAAACAGCGACCAACAAAUCUCCUCAAAAUGAAGUUGUCUCCGGUUGA